GGACUCGGCGAGCAAGCAGAGCACAGUCGCCGCCUUCUCCCUGACCUUGGGCGCCGUCGCUGUGAGCAGCUGCACCAGCCCGGUCACGUUGCCACGGCCGAGCGCUGACAGCACGCUCUCCUCGUUCUCGCGCAGAGCGUGAAGCAGCCCGUCCAUCGCCCGGUGCUUCACCUUCGCGUGCUCAAUCUGCAGGCCGGCAAGCAGCUCCCACACAUCCGUCUACGCGCCGCCCGCUGCCGCCAUAGCCUCAGCCUAGGUUGCGACGGACAGCACACCGGCGAUGGCCUUCCACCGCCCGCCGAAGCCGGUUGCCGAGCACGGGCUCACAAGCCUGCCGCCGCUACAGCCCACGGUGCAGAGCAACUCCACCUGCAUCAUCUCGCCGCGGGGAGACUCCACCAGGAAGCUGCGCUCCCCGUCUCCCUGGGUGCCGGUGGCAGCGAGGCGGACUUCAUGGGCGAGGACGACGGCGACACCGCGGGGGACUUGAGCAGCACACGGAGCGCCCUGUCCCUCUCGGCCCGCGGCGAGGAGAAGGUGUGCGGCUGCGACGGAUAGCACGUACGCCAGCACCGACGUGCUUCCGUAGAGCACUGCGACCAUGGCGUCCACGGGGCGCCGCCACCGCCGCGUAGGUGGACCUGGAGGCCCUCGACGCGGGCAACGACCAGAAGCAUGGCGACAGGCAGGAGCGGCCUGCGCACACGGGUUACGGGGUCGAGCAGGUGCGUCUCGCCGAGGUCGUCCGUGGCCACGAUUGCGCCGCGCAUGGAGCCGAGUGGCCUCGGGGGACCUCGUGGUCGCAGCACUCGAACAGGUAGUUGUGGUCGUCAUCCGCAUCCCCGGCAACAUCUAUGUGGAGGAGCAGCCUGGGGCGGUCGGGGAGGGGGUUCGUGGGUCACCGUGAAGAAUCGGAGGAGCAGCCAGUGGAAUGGUUCUGCCGGAGGAGGGGGGAGAAGAUAAGGCAGCGGGACACAGUUGUCAUUUCGUGUUGUUUUGGAAUUAAAUCAAUUAAGAUAUUACUGAUAGUGUCUUUCAGCAAAUGAAACCGAUUGAACAACAUCAAUCAGCAAAGCAUAAACCACGGAUCGACCAACGAGGGAAGCAGACCAGACCAGAGCAAGAAGACUUCGCCAUGGACACACAGCUCCUCCUCCUCGCCGCCCUCCUCCUCCUGCCCCUCGCCGCGCUCCUGCUCGCGAACCAGCGCAGGGCCCGCAGGCGCAGCAAGAACGGCGCCCGCCUCCCGCCGGGCCCGCCGGGACUGCCGCUCCUCGGCAACCUGCUGCUGCUGAGGCGCUCCUCGUCCGACGUGGAGGCCCUGCUCCGGCGCCUCGUCGCGCGGCACGGGCCCGUCGUCUCCCUGCGCGUGGGCUCCACCCUCUCCAUCUUCGUCGCCGACCCCCGCCUCGCGCACGCGGCCCUGGUCGGGAGCGGGGCGGCGCUCGCCGACCGCCCAGCCGUCGCGCGCGCGCUCCUGGGGGAGAGCGGCAACACCAUCGCGCGGUCCAGCUACGGGCCCGUGUGGCGCCUCCUCCGCCGCAACCUCGUCGCCGAGACGCUGCACCCGUCGCGGGUCCGGCUGUUCGCGCCCGCGCGCGCGUGGGUCCGCCGCGCGCUCGCGGAGACGCUCGGGCGGGAGGCCGAGGAGGCCCAGGCGCCGCCCCCCGUGAUGGAGGCGUUCCGGCACGCUAUGUUCUGCCUCCUCGUGCUCAUGUGCUUCGGCGAGCGGCUGGGCGAGUCGGCGGUGCGCGCCAUCGCGGCCGCGCAGCACGCCUGGCUCAUGUUCGUGGCCCAGAACGCGAACACGUUCGCGUUCCUGCCGGCGCUGACCAAGAUCCUCUUUCGCGGCCGCCUCCAGAAGGGGCUCGAUGCUCGGCGGCGCCAGAAGGAGCUCUUCCUGCCCCUCAUCGAGGCGCGGCGGGAGCGCAAGAGGCAGUUGGACGGCGGCGCGGCGGCGCCGGAGAAGGAGACGACGUUCGAGCACUCGUACGUGGACACGCUGCUCGACAUCAGGCUCCCCGACGAGGGGAACCGCGCGCUCACGGACGACGAGAUGGCGAACCUCUGCUCCGAGUUCCUCACCGCCGGGACCGACACGACGUCCACCGCGCUGCAGUGGAUCAUGGCCGAGCUCGUCAAGAACCCGGGCAUCCAGGAGAAGCUCCACUGCGAGAUCAGGGCGGCGUGCGGCGACGAGCAGGAGGAGGUCGGCGAGGAGGACACGCACAAGAUGCCGUACCUCAAGGCCGUCGUCCUCGAGGGGCUCCGCCGGCACCCUCCCGCGCACUUCCUGCUGGCGCACAAGGCGGCGGAGGACAUCGAGGUCGGCGGGUACCUGAUCCCCAAGGGCACGACGGUGAACUUCACGGUGGCGGAGAUGGGCUGGGACGAGCGGGAGUGGGACAGGCCCAUGGAGUUCGUGCCGGAGCGGUUCCUGGAGGGCGGCGACGGCGACGGCGUGGACGUGACCGGCAGCAGGGAGAUCAAGAUGAUGCCUUUCGGCGCCGGGCGGCGGAUCUGCGCCGGGCUCGGCAUCGCCAUGCUCCACCUGGAGUACUUCGUGGCCAACCUGGUCAGGGAAUUCGAGUGGAAAGAGGUGCCCGGCGAGGAGGUGGACUUCACCGAGACGCGCGAGUUCACCACCGUCAUGAAGAAACCGCUCCGCGCGCGGCUGGUGCGCAGAGCCACCGGGUGAAUUGGUGAAGGCAAUUCGUGGUGUACAGACUGCAAGCAGGAUUACCCCCAAGCCAUCACAGCGUCUGAAGAAGUAGUCCAGUUCCUUGAGUUCAACCAGAUCUCCCAUGUCUCCGCGUUGCUCCACACCAUCUUCUCGACUACUCGUUGCUACCACUAGAACCUAGCAGAAACUUGGCAGAUGAUAAUCCACUGGAGCACAGCAAUUUCUAAGAUCCUCUUUGUUGGGUUUCAAGUUCCACAACGAAAUGGAUACAGAACUGAAUUGCGAUGGGAUGUUCCUUUUCCUCCCCGUCUGAAUACGCAUGAAAA